UGACGUUUAUACCAUCCAUCUUUGGCGGACGGCUAAACACUAGCGACCCCUGCCUCCCCACGAAAUCUCUUUCACUCCGCCGAUCCCCGCGAAAGGGGAAAUUUUGCAUUUCGCCCCCUAACAAUUACAGAUUUGCAGCGAUGGCAGGCCAAGGGAGGUCGAGGCCGAACCUUCUAGUGACCGGGACGCCGGGGACAGGGAAGACGACAACGUGCUCUCUGCUGGUGGACGCCACCGGGCUCCGCCACAUCAACGUCGGCGAUCUCGUCAGGACCAAGGGACUCCACGAUGGAUGGGACGAGGAGUUCGAGUGCCACGUCAUCAACGAGGAUUUGGUUUGUGAUGAGUUGGAAGACAUAAUGGAAGGGGGAGGUAUAAUUGUAGACUAUCAUGGCUGUGAUUUCUUCCCUGAGCGCUGGUUUGAUCUUGUGGUGGUCCUCCAGACUGACAAUUCUAUCUUGCAUGACCGCUUGACAAGCAGAGGUUACAUGGGGCCAAAACUUACAAAUAACAUUGAGUGUGAAAUCUUUCAAGUGCUACUAGAAGAGGCAAAAGCGAGUUACCCUGAAGAAAUUGUAAUGGCGUUGCAGAGUGACACUGUUGAAGACAUAAGCAGGAACGUCACUGUUCUGACUGAGUGGGAGAGUAACUGGAGGCGCAGACCCUCCUCUUGAUAGUGUUGAGGUUGAUAAAGUUGUUAUACUUAUGACGCUUCCUACAUCGGCCAUGGAAAAAAAUGCAAAAUAAUUGCUGGUAAUGAGGGAGGGGUGUGCUAAAAUAAAGCCAAGGGGAAUUGUUGGAGUGGAGAAUGCCUGAGUCUGCGUUGUUUUUUUCUUUUGUGUGGUACAUUUUUGUCUUGGAGUGUGAUUGGCUGUAUGAAGUUUGGACUUAUAAUGAGUAUAUUCGGCCCAAUGAUUUGAUUAUUUCCGAAGUGCUUGAAGAAUGAAGGUUUAGUUGACAAA